CCUUUUUUUAGUUUUUGCACUCUCUUUCCAUGCUUUCUAAAGAACAAUCUCUUUCUCUCUCUAUACCACCAUAGAUUUUCAGACAUAAACAUAAAACAUUAAGCUGUGUUUUUUUUUUUUUGAUAGGUUCUGUCUCUGUGUUGUAAUGGAGAAACAUAGGUGUAAGCUUUGUUUAAAAAGCUUUAUAAAUGGAAGAGCUUUAGGUGGUCAUAUGAGGUCUCAUAUGUUGAAUCUUCCAAUUCAUGUGAAUCAAGUGAGUCAAGAAUCCGUGUCAGCUUCAGCUUCAUAUUCAUCAGAUGAAGAUGAUGAUGAUAAGAAGGAACAAAUUUAUGGGCUUAGAGAGAAUCCAAAAAGAAGCGUUCGUAUGGUAGAUCCUGAGUUCAUUGAUGCUGGUUCGGUUGUUGUCCAAGAUAGAGAAAGUGAAACUGAGUCAUCUAAGAACUUAACUCGGAGACGAUCAAAACGAACUCGGAAAACAUUAUACCAACACGAAGAAGAAGAAGUGGUUAAAGUUAAUAUCACUGAGUCAGUGAGUUCGAUCUCUGAUACCACGACCGAAGAAGAUGUUGCUUUUUGUCUUAUGAUGCUUUCAAGAGACCAGUGGAAACAACAUGAUGAGCAAGAGCAAGAUGAUGAAUCCGAAGAAGAAACAGAGGAAUCGGAAGAGUACUUAAAAUCAACCAAACCCAACCGAUCAACUCGUGGUAAAUACAGAUGCGAAACGUGUAACAGAGUAUUCAAAUCGUAUCAAGCACUGGGUGGACACAGAGCGAGUCACAAAAAAAUGAAACCUUACUCCCCGGCGACGGAGAAAAUUCAUGAACCACCGGAAAAUGUGGGUACUUCCAUCCCGGAAAAGAAAACACAUGAAUGCCCUGUUUGUUUUAGAAUCUUUUCAUCAGGACAAGCUUUGGGUGGACAUAAAAGAUCUCAUGUAACUGGUCAAGUAAUAGCAACAUCAACAACUAAAACAGCUGUUACAAGUUCCAAAAAGUUGGGAGAUAGUUUAAUAGAUCUUAACCUUCCCGCUCCAAUGGAUGAUGAUGAUAUUAGUCAAAUUGAAGUUUCUGCUGUGUCUGAUGCUGAAUUUGUGAAACCAUUUUAAUUUGUGAUGAUCCAAAAGGUAUUUUUGUUCUAACUGUAAUUCUUUUCUUUCAUGUUAUCUUUCUAUCUUCUUGUUUUUGUAAGAACAGAUUAUUUAGAGACCAAUUCCGAAACAUGUUUUUGUUUUGUUUUGUUUA